AUGGAUGUCACCUCAACGGAGAAACAGCAUCAUAUCUCAAUGACAGAGCACGGUUCGAGCAUGUCGGAUGCCAAAUGUACACCUCACAAUGCCAAUCCGGCUAUCGCACCGCAGGAAGGAGAUGCCUGGGCCACAAUGCCGAAACGCAAGCCUGUUGCUGACGCGCUGGCAACCAUCGGCGCCGAAACGUCGCCAGGAUUACCGGAUGCCCCAAUCGUCCAACGCGCGACCGUUACACCGAAACGGGCAUGGCCACUCGCCGGCGGAGGCUGCUUGGCGUUUUUCCACGCGCAGAGUCGGGCACGCAAGCGCCUCAUCAUCGGCGGGCUGGCGGGCGUUGUACUGAUUGCAUUGAUCAUUGGUCUUGCGGUCGGACUAACUGUGGGGAAAAACAAACACUCGAAUCUGGCAUUGCCGACCAACAAUGGCGGCCCCUACGAAGGAGAUCUAACCUACUAUAACCCCGCCCUCGGGUCCUGUGGAUAUACCAACACCGACUCGGACUUGGUCUGCGCAGUGUCGCAUAUCCUCUUCGAUGCCGCCUCCACUGGUUCAAACCCCAAUGAUAACCCCCUGUGCGGCUUGAAGCUUAGACUCCGUCGCAAUGGAGAGAGCGUGGACGUCAAGGUUGUCGACCGCUGUGUCGGAUGUGCUGAGACCGAUCUUGAUGUUACGGAGGCGGUCUUUGAGAGAGUGGCUGAAAUCGAUCAGGGUCGAGUGUCCGUGGAGUGGUCAUGGUUAGAGAAGUCACCCGUCACGGUUUCUUGA